AAUCGGGCGGGGUUUCUUUGCUUUCAAAAUCGCUCAACUCUUUCCUUUUCCCCACACACUACAAACCAGUUUUAUCCAUUUUGAAUUCAUCAUUGUUGUUUCUAAACUAUACAUGAUUAUGUUUUCGAAUACGUACAAAAAACAUACUAUUUAAUCCACUCUACUUCAAAGAUUAUUGGCAGAAAUUUGUGCUUGAAUUCAUCUUCGCCGGCAUUGUUAGAUACGUCGUCGAUUGUUCAAUCGAAUCAAUUUUCAAAGGAUCUGCAUAGUUAAAGUGUGUUUACUGUUCGAUUAGGGCUGCGCAAAGUUCAAUUGGAUGAAGAUCUACUGCGCUCCACUGCCAGAACCCUAGGCUAUUAACGGAAACAAUGCAGAGCUCGUCGGGAUCGGCGGCGCAACCUGAGGCUAUCCUGGAAUGGCUCCAGAAAGAAAUGGGGUACAGGCCUCUCGGCCCGUACGCUUCUUCCGCCAAAGCGGCGGUGCCCACGGCGGAUUCGCUCCGCAAGAUUUGCCGCGGGAACAUGAUUCCCGUGUGGAAUUUCUUGCUGAAAAGGGUGAAGUCGGAGAAGACGGUGGAGAAUAUUAGGAGGAAUAUUCUCGUCCACGGCGCGGAUGACGGUGAUAAGGGACGGAGGAGGGAAAAAUUGGGAGCUGGGAAAGGGGAGAGUGGGGGUGGCAGUAGUAGGGAGAUGGCAUUGCAGGAGAGGGAGUUGGCGGAGAAGGAAGUGGAGAGGUUGAGGCAGAUUGUGAGGAGGCAGCGCAAGGAGCUCAAGGCCAGGAUGAUUGAGGUCUCGAGGGAAGAGGCUGAGCGCAGACGGAUGCUCGACGAGCGCUCGAAUUACAGGCACAAACAGGUAAUGUUGGAGGCUUAUGAUCAACAGAGUGAUGAAGCAGCAAAAAUAUUUGCUGAGUAUCAUAAACGUCUCAGGCGCUACGUAAACCAAGCUAGAGAUGCUCAGAGAUCCAGUGCCGACUCUAAUGAAACAGUGACCAUCUUCCCUGCAAAUGGUGAGCAGGAAUUGUAUUCAACUGUCAAAGGCGGCAAAUCGGCAGACGAUGUAAUUCUUAUUGAAACAGCGAGGGAAAAGAAUAUCCGGAAACUUUGUGAAUCUCUUGCUACUCAGAUGGCUGAAAAAAUUCGUAGCUCCUUUCCUGCUUAUGAAGGAAAUGGGAUUCAUGUUAAUCCGCAAUCAGAAGCUGCAAAAUUAGGCAUUGAUUUUGAUUUUGAUUUACCUACUGAAAUUAAAGAUAUGCUUGCUGAUUGUCUGAAAAGCCCUCCUCAGUUACUGCUAGCUAUCACUUCAUACACCCAAUGGUUGAAAACUCAAAUCACAAAGGAAAUAGACAAAAUUGAUAUAAGAGCUGAUGCUGAAGCAUUAAGGUACAAGUACGAGAAUGACACAAUAGUUGAGGCUUCUUCUACUGACAUAGGCUCUCCACUACAGUAUCAUCUUUAUAGUAAUGGGAAGCUUGGGGGUGAUGCUCCUUCAAGAGGGACAGAAAACCAACUCCUGGAGAGACAGAAAGCACAUGUGCAACAAUUUUUGGCGACUGAAGAUGCGCUCAACAAGGCUGCAGAAGCUCGAAACAUGAGUCAAUUACUUUUGAAACGUCUCCAUGGAAGUGGUGAUGCAGUUUCCUCCAACUCUCUCGUCACUGCAGGAACUUCUCAAAAUAUGAGCAGCCUUAGGCAACUUGAGUUAGAGGUUUGGGCCAAGGAAAGGGAAGCUGCUGGAUUCCGUGCUAGCUUGAAUACGUUGUUGUCAGAAGUACAUCGUUUGGAUAAAUUAUGUGCUGAGAGGAAGGAAGCUGAGAAUUCUUUAAAAAAAAAGUGGAAGAAGAUUGAAGAGUUCGAUGCUCGCAGAUCUGAGUUGGAAUCAAUCUACAAAGCAUUACUUAAGGCAAACAUGGAUGCUGCUUCAUUCUGGAGUCAGCAGCCAUUAGCUGCAAGGGAAUAUGCAUCAAGCACUGUAAUUCCCGCAUGUAAGAUUGUCACGGACUUAUCAAACAGAUCAAAAGACCUCAUUGAUAAGGAAGUUCAAGCCUUCUAUCGAACACCUGACAAUAGCCUUUACAUGCUUCCAUCAACACCUCAGGCACUCUUGGAGUCAAUGGGUGCAAAUGCCUCCACAGGACCCGAAGCAGUCGCUACCACUGAGAGGAAUGCAGCAGUGCUGACAGCUAGAGCUGGUAACAGAGAUCCUUCUGCAGUUCCCUCCAUAUGUCGCAUUUCUGCUGCCCUACAGUAUCCUGCUGGUUUUGAUGGUCUUGAUGCUGGUUUGGCAUCAGUUCUGGAGUCCAUGGAGUUCUGUUUAAAGCUUCGUGGUUCUGAGGCUUGCGUGUUGGAGGAUUUGGCAAAGGCAAUUGAUUUGGUUCACGUACGGCGGAAUCUAGUAGAAAGUGGUCAUGCUUUAUUGAAUCACGCUCAUCGUGCACAGCAAGAGUAUGAUAGGACAACAAAUUACUGCUUGAAUGUAGCAGCGGAGCAAGAGAAGACUGUUUCAGAAAAAUGGUUACCUGAACUAACAAAUGCAGUUUCAAAUGCUCAAAAGUGUCUCGAGGACUGCAAAUAUGUCAGGGGUUUGCUUGAUGAAUGGUGGGAACAACCAGCAUCUACUGUUGUCGAUUGGGUUGCCGUAGAUGGAGAAAAUGUUGCUGCGUGGCAGAAUCAUGUGAAGCAGCUUCUGGCAUUUUAUGACAAGUGAAUACUAAUCUGAAUAGAUAUUGUUCGGCUGUUGAAAUGUUAUCAUCCUCAAGUUUUUUCUGUUGCCCGAUUUCUUUCCCACUAAGAUGGACAUCUUAGCCGAGAGUUUGAGACUAAAACCAGUUGAUCAAGAACAUUGGUUGCAGAGCCAGCCGGAUCCAAGUCUAAAGUGGUUGGUUGCAACUGCUGCUGAGAAUACUGCAAAUUAUAUGGAAAGAAGGCAGAAUGGAUAUGGAGAAGGCUGCUUGCUGUUUGUACCAGAAUUAUAUGUAUACUUACUGAUUUGCCAUUUAUAAACUUGUCUAUAGUUUGGGUUUACCAUUUGUAUCUCUUUCCAUUCCUACAGUUGUAUAGGGUUGGUGGCACUGCAACUUCAUUGCUGGCUUUUAAUGGGGAGUAAACUAUUUAAAUCAAA